AUGUAUAUCAAGCAAGAGCAAAAUCAGGAUGUAUGGAUGCCAAAGGGUGGAGGUAUCAAGAAAAAGGUGGUCCUCCCAUCUUUUCAAUCCUUGUGCAAGCCCAUUGAUACCUCAACCAAACCUACCACCACUACAACAACAACCGCUACUACGAGAAACCAUGCACGCACUGUAUCAGCCCCAUUGAGAAUGCCAAGCUAUCAAGACAAGCAACGUCUUUCACUCGACGUGCUAGUUGAUGCAAUCGAGUUGGAUCAAACCAUGUACGAGACUUACAAGCAAGAACGCUUCAAGGCUAUGGCACGUCAUUCGCCUUAUGAUCGAAGACGUAGUCGAUCUGCACCUGGUGGAUCAAUGACACCACGUUGGAGAACACCUAUGCGUUCUUCCAAUUGUUCAUCCAUGCAACAGUUGGCAGAGGCUAUUGUGCGUCAGCAUAUUGAACAUGCCAAGAAAAAGUAG